AUGCAGGAGCCACAGUCAAUGGGGCGACAGCUGAAGCUGGGCGUUAAGGGCCGGCUGAGCAACCAGGAGAUGGAGCAGCUCCGCAACCAGCUCGCUCGAGCUGCAGCAUACGCCCAUGUUCCAGAACACCAACGUGCUGCUCGAGCUGCUAAGGCCCAAUCGGCCUCAAAACCCAUGACCAAACUCUACCGUCGCGUUGAUCCCCCCCGAGAUACAAACAACAACCAAGCGCGACCGAUUCGAAAGACGUUGGCGAGCAUCCAGUACGAGCAGCAGUUCACAGCAAAGGCGUACGAUUCCCUGAAGCCGCGACCAACUCGAGGCAUCGACUCUGGAGCGAAAACUGUUCUACAGGACGAGUACGUCACUAAACCUAGAGAGGUGAGUUGCAUCCCACGAAAUCUCUCAACCAUCAAGCCCAAUGAAGGAGGACCAGAAACGGACAACCAGAUCACAAGCGGUAAGCGCCGCGUGCCUUCCGCCAUUCCUCAAGUGUUUAUCAUGUAG